CACAACAGCAGGAGAGGAUUAUUAAACAAAUAAUUUACACAGAAUUAAAUUAAACCCAGUAACUACUUUUGAGAACAAUAUGGUUGGACCGCUCUUUGUCCCUUCUCCCCUGUUGGGAAUCACCCCCUCCGACCUAAAAAACGGUUUCUUUUCUUGUUCGUCGACUCCCACCAAACGGAUUCUUUUCUUUCCUCUGUAUGGGUUUUAUCGAUCGAUCGAGUUCGAGAUUAGGACCUCCACUGCUUCGUUGUGCUAAGUAGGGAAAUAUCAUGUGGUGGUAGGAGUGUUUAUGGGUUGUAGAGAACUUUGAAAGAAGCUAAGGGUUAGGUUUCUGGUGGGAAAAGAAUGGCGCUGGAGAAGCUCAGCUCGAAAGGCCAAGCAUGGUUUUGCACUACGGGAUUGCCCAGCGAUGUGGUGAUUGAAGUGGGGGAGAUGAGUUUUCACCUCCACAAGUUCCCGUUGAUGUCGAAGAGCAAGAAGCUUCACCAGAUGAUAACGGAACGUGAAAAAAACCCUAGGGUUCGAAAAGGAGCUAGCAAAGAGGGAGAAGAAGAGGGAGAGAUCGAGGAGGAGGAGGAGGAGGAGGAGGAAGAAGAAGAAGAAGAAGAAGAGGGCUUACACUGCAUCUCGCUCCCCGAUUUCCCUGGCGGUUCCGAGAUCUUCGAGGCCGCGGCGAAGUUCUGCUACGGCGUGAAGGUCGAGAUCACGGCGUGGAGCGCCGUUCCCCUCCGCUGCGCCGCUGAGUACCUCGAGAUGACCGAGGAGUUCGCCGAGGACAACCUCGACUCCCGCACCGAGCGGUUCCUCGCCCAAUCCGUGCUCCGGAGCAUCAAAGACUCGAUCAGAGCCCUCAAAUCCUGCGAGGACGUCUCCCCCCUCGCCGAGGACCUCGGCCUCGCGCAGCGGUGCAUCGACUCUAUCGCCGCGCGCGCCGGAUCCUCUGAUCUCAGCUCCCUCUUCGGGUGGCCGAUCACGGAGGGCGCUGUCGCCGCUGGCGAGGGAGAGACGAAGAUCCCUAGCUCCGCCGCUGCGCUGUGGAACGGGAUCGGCCGCAAGAGUGGGAUCCGAUCCUCCGCUGCCGCCGUGGACUCCUGGUUCGAGGACCUCGCGAUCCUGAGCCUCCCCACCUACAAGCGCGUUAUCUCCGCCAUGAGAGCCCGGGAUCUGAGCUCCGAGGUAAUCGAGGGAUCGCUCAUCACCUACGCGAGGCGAUCCAUCCCCGGCCUCUCUCGAUCGAGCCGCCGCCGCCACUCCUCCGCCCCAUUAGCUUCCGAGCCCGAGCAACGGGAGCUUCUAGAAACCGUGGUCUCGAACCUCCCCCCAGAGAAAACCACGGGGCUCACAACCACCCGCUUCCUCUUCGGCCUCCUCCGAACCGUUAAUAUACUCCGAGCCUCCGAAGCUUCUAGAACCGCCCUGGAGCGGAAGAUCGCGUCGCAGCUGGAACAAGCCACGCUCGACGAUCUUUUGAUGCCGAGUUAUUCGUACCUCGUCGAGACGCUGUACGACGUGGACUGCGUGGAGCGGAUCCUUCACUAUUUCCUAGAGAACCUGGGCGAAAGUUCGGCGAUUACAGCGGUCGAGGAGGAGGUGGGCGCGGGGGAAGCGGGGGUGAGGGCACCGCCCGGUAACAUUAAUCGCCCGCUACAAAUCGUGGGGAAAUUGAUCGACGCGUACCUCUCGGAAAUCGCGUCGGACGCGAACCUGAAGCCGGAUAAGUUCUGCGACCUCGCUCUGGCUCUACCGGACCACGCGCGCGUGUUCGACGACGGGCUCUACCGUGCAGUCGAUAUCUAUCUGAAGGCGCACCCGGGGUUGACGGAGGAGGAGAAGGAGAAAGUGAGCGGCGUGAUUGAUUGCCAGAAGCUGACAUUGGAGGCGUGCACCCACGCGGCGCAGAACGAGCGCCUGCCGCUGCGUGCGGUGGUGCAGGUGCUGUUCUUCGAGCAGCUGCAGCUGCGGCGGGCGAUUGCGGGGACAAUCCUUGCGGCGGAGGAUGCAGCGCCCGCAGAGGUGGUUGAGGAGGAGGUGGGCCCCGCAGCGAGGAGGGAGGGGGACACGUGGCGGGCGGCGGUGAGAGAGAACCAGGUGCUGAGGCUGGAUAUGGAUAGCAUGAGGAGCAGAGUGCACGAGCUGGAGCGCGAGUGCUCGAGCAUGAGGAAGGCCAUCGAGAAGAUAGAUCCGCGGCGAGCCGAACGAACGGUGGAGCGGCCGCAGGGGAGCUGGGGCUCGCUCGUGGCGCGGCGGAUCGGGUGCAGGUUCCCGACACAGGUGUGCGACUCACACCAGCGGACCGUGGUGGCGCCGCAGAAGCCUCGGAUCGAGCAGAGCCCUUAGAAUUCCCCAUCCUCAUGGAUUUGAAUGCUUCAAUUCGAUUUUUUUUUUCUUCUUUAGUUUUUUGAAAAAUUUUAGAAUUGUUUUCAUGUUUAAAUUCCAAUUCACGCGGAAAAAAUGAAUUAAUUACGAAGCAAGUUGAAAAGGUUAUCCCUGUCUGGUUGUUCAUGGGAAUGUUCAUUGGAACACGGUUCAGCAAA